AUGGAAUCCAAUCAACGAAACGCUCAAGUUCUUUCACCAAUUACAAAUCUUCAUUUAGCUUCCCAAGAUUUUAUCGCUCCAGCGGCGUCAACUGCCCAAACUUCCCAAGAUUUUAUCGCUCCAGCGGCGCCAACUGCCCAAACUUUCCAAGAUGUUAUCGCUCCAGCGGUGCCAACUGCCCAAACUUCCCAAGAUGUUAUCGCUCCAGCGGUGCCAACUGCCCAAACUUUCCAAGAUGUUAUCGCUCCAGCGGCGCCAACUGCCCAAACUUCCCAAGAUGUUAUCGCUCCAGCGGCGUCAAUCACUCCAGCAGCGUCAACUGCCCAAACUUCCCAACAAGUUCUUUAUCCAACGACGAUUUCUCUUUUAACCCCUCAGCAAGUAUCUGUUCCGGUAGCACCAGUAUUAAUUUCUUUAACUGACCAACAAAUUACUCCAUCGACGACUCCUUCGACACCCAGACAAAGUCUUGUUCCGGCAGCGAUUUCCCAACAAGUUCCUGUUCCUGCAGCACCAGCAAUAAUUCCAACUUUAAUUUACCAACCCCCUGCCCCUGCUCCAACAACAGUUAUUCUGUCAAGUUUUCAACAAAAUCAUUUUGAUUUAAUUCAAGGAAUCACAAUUUCAUUUAGUUCUACCCAAACAUCGAAUGCAUCGGAUUUUUUCAAGACCCUGUUGGAAGGAGAUAAUAAUAAUUGGUGA